AUGGGAUAGACUAACACUAGUACGAUAAUUAGAUAGGAAGCUCUGAAUUUAGCUUAGAAGAAUUCGAAAUGGAGAGUUAUCAACGAUGCUUAUGAAAUAAAUUAAUGCUUGCUAAUGUCAUCUGUGAUUGAUUAAAUAUCGUAUGAUUUAAGUAGUGUAAGUUAUAAAGUAUCAAGUAUGACUGUAAACCCUUUAACAUAUGAUUCCGUUUCUUUUCAAUUGCUAAUGAAGGAGGAUAGAAUGCAAAUGUAAUCCAAGAUAAUGUAUAAAUAUGAAGUAUUGAGACCCUAAUAAAAGUAAAGAAAAUAUAAAACUGUAACAACUUAAACUGAAUUAACAUCAAAUGAUGAAAUUUUUUAGUAUUCUUCAGAUAGAAAAUAAUAACGCAAUAACCAUAGCUUUGGGUCUGAAAUUUUCCAAAAAUAUCAGAUUGAGGAACGCAAUAAAUCACAAACUGAUGAAAAACCAAAUAAAAAAGAUUAACGAUUAAGAAGGGAUUAAAUAUUUCAAGAGGUAAAAUAACCAAAAACUAUUAAUAACAAGAGGGAUAAUUCUUUGGAAAAGACAAACAUUUUUAAAUUAGAUUAUGAAUAAACUGAAAACUUUUCAAAUGAUCUAGUUGACAAUACAAGCAUGCUAUCAAUUAGUUAGAAUUUUGCAAAUUUAAAAAAUCAGCCUUCACACAAUGAAGAUAGAUCAUAUAUACAAAAUGAGAGAUAUUGGUCUUCAAGCCACUCAUCAACUUUUAUAGAUAUUCCUGUAAAUGCUGGUCAUAAAGCUUAAACUCAUAAAAAUUUAUCUUAGAAUCAGAAAUAACUAUAAAAUAAUAUAGAUUAAGGAGCAUAAUAAAAAAAAAUGAAUGUUUAAGACGACAAUCACAGAUUAGCAUAAUAGCAAUCAUUUGGAUAAUUAAAAAUAUAAGCACUACAAUAAUAGCAAUAACAGUAGUAAUAGUAAUAAUAAUAAUAUUAAUAAUAGUAGUUAUUGUAAAAGAAUAUUAUAUCUACAUAAUAAGAGUAGAUGUAAUUUCAAUAAUAAUACCCUUAAUAAUAAAAAUAAUAAUAAUAUUACCAAUAAUAACAAUAAUAACAAUAAUAAUUUAUUUUUCCUAAUCAAGAAAAGGUCUCCUAAAAUACUUAAUAUAAUACUAAAGCAGGAUAUAAUCAGGGAUAUAAUAAUCCUAUUAUAAAUAAUCUAUAAAUUGAGUCAAGUCCUCAUUAAGGGUAUACUUAAAUUCAUUCAAAUAAAAAGAAAAAUUAAUAUUCUAAUCAACUUGGCAGCUCUCCUUUAAAUAAUUUCUCUUAGUAGCAAUAAUAGAAAAAUCUUAAAUUAUAAAGCCAAUAAUUCUAAUAAUCACCAAAAUAAUAAAUAUAAUAAUAACAAGGAUCUCCUUAAGCUUUAAUUUAGUAAUCUUUAUAAUCUAGCUCAGGACAAUAAAAAGAAUCCAUGCGCUAAUAAUUUGAUAGGUUACUUAGGGAGAGUCAAAGUUAAAAAGAAUAUUGGAAAUUAAUAAAACCAAAAGGCACUAAAGCUCCUGGUGAGUCAAAAGUUUAUCAGAAUAUAGAAUAACUAAAGAAAAAAUAAAAAAGCCCUGACUAUUAUAAUAAGCUUAAACAAAACCAUUUAAAAAAGAGUUAAUCUCCCAUUUCUCUUAAAAUGUAACAACAAAAUUUAUACAUAAACAAUAACAAAUAAAAUUAGGAUAAUAAUUAACAUGAAGUGGUAAAUACUAUAAAUUUAUCUCCAGAAAAUUAGAUUUAAACACUUUAAGAUGCUCGAUAAAACCAAUAAUAACUUAGAAUGUAGAAUAAACAGUAAAAUAAUUUAAAUUUGGAAGAACUUAAUUAUAAAAUUCAGGAUAUUCAAAAACUUAAUUUAUAAUUAGAUGAAAAAAGUAAUAAGUUGUUUGGGUAAAUAAAGUAAGAUGUUUCAAAUUUGCAGACAGCUAUUACUUAGAAUAUCUCUCCAUCAGAAAGAGGAUUAAGAAAAAAAGAAACAAUAAAAAAUGGAAUAAAUUUAGAUGAUUUAUUAGACUAUGAAUAAGGCUCGAUCAACUUAGAUGAAUUAGCUAGUUACAGAGGUAGUUAAGAGUACAAAUUAUUGGAUAAUUACCAAAAUUUUUGA